AUGUCUCUACGAUCGUUGAAAUCCGCCCGUGAAAUCGUCAGCAAACUUCAAUCCGGUUCUGGUGCUCAGAAGCUCUCACCCCAAGUGACCAAAAUCUCGCUUGCUUAUGCAUUCAAGGGCAAGACCGAGUGCGCUGGUGCAAAGCACUUUUUACAAGAGAACCUUCCACGUAUGCAAUACAACAACCCUGACGUCGAAUUUGAAGUGUUCAAGUCGGCUGACCCAGCAACCAAACCAUCCGUGACAAUUCAUUUUGGUGAACGAGGAUCUAAAACCAUCGAUAUCCCUACCAUGCAAAGCGACACCAUUUGCGACAAGGUCUUCCAAGCAUCACCAUAA